ACUCGAGCUGCCGCUGCAGUAACGGCCUCAGUAGUCGCCGCAACCCACGCUUCACGAAACGCCAGGCCCGAACAUGUCCGACUCGAGUGACUCGACCACAAACAACAGUUUCUUUCAUCCUUGGUCGUCCGAGCACUUGCCGACGGGCGGCUGCGAGGAGGAGAAGCCACAGACGGUGCCUCGCCCGGACGGCACACAACCGUUGUCCGUCGGCUUCGGCGAGAUGAGUAGCGAUGGCACCAGCGAUCAACCGACAGCGACGUAUCAGCCAAUGCAGCAGGAGCAGCUGUUGAGUUGCGAAGAGCUGGUCUCGCGCAAGCGGAGCAUGACCCUCAACUUAGGCAGCCCUGGGGCAUCCCAACGCAGCACCAAACAGGCCCGCUGUUCGAGCCUACUUACGUCUCCGGACUUGCAAAUGCUGAUGCUGUCGACGCCCGAGCUCGAGCGGUUCAUCAUUGCUCUCAACGCUCAGGAUUCGACGGUGAGUAGGCUGUUUUUACUUACCAUGACCAAGGAAGAGGAGCAGUACCCGAGCGGCUUUCCCGAUACGUUCGCUCAACUCCAGCUGAAGCCGCCGCAGCCCGCACUUCAACAGCACACCACGUCCGGGCCGGACACGUCCGACUCGGUCGACUCGACCUCAAACGACAGUUCGAGUCAUCCUUCAUCGUCCGAGCCACAAACGGUGCCUCGACUUGGCGGCACACCACCGCUGUCGUCCGUCGGCUUCGACGAGAAGAGUAGCGAUGGCACCAGCCAACAACCGACAGCGACGUAUCAGCCAACGCUGAAGGAGCAGCUGUUGAGUUGCGAAGAGUUGGUCUCGCGCAAGCGGAGCAUGGCCCUGGACUUAGAAAGCCCUGGGGCAUGCCAACGCAGCAGCAAACAGGCGCGCUGUUCGAGCUUGCUCACGUCUCCAGACCUGCGAAAGUUGGCGCUCUCGACGCCCGAGCUCGAGCGCCUCAUCAUUAAUCUGAACGGACAGGAUUCGACGGUGAGUAAGCUGUUUUUGUUUACCAUGAGCGAGGAUGGGGAGCAGUGCCUCAGUGGCUUCCCCAAACCCCAGCCGCCACAGCUCGCGCUUAACCAGCACGCCACGUCCGGCCCGGACUCGUCCCACUCGGUCGACUCGACCUCUAACGACAGUUUCAGUCGUACUUCAUCGUCCUCGCCGCAAACGGCGCCUCGACUGAGGUCCACGCCGCCACAAUCGCCCAUCAGCAUGGGCGACCGAGAGAGGAUCAGGCUGGAACAAAGGAGGGAGAGGAAUCGAAUCGCCGCACAUAAGUGCCGCCAGCGAAAGCUCGACCGAGACUCCGAGCUCGAAGCGAAAGUUAACGCGCUCAAGGCGGAGAAAACCGUGCUGGAAUACGACAACAGCGUUCUACGCCACGAGGUGUACCAGCUCUCUCAGGAGGUGAGGACACACAUCAAGGCGGGCUGUAAGAUGUGAUGGUGUCACAUGCCCCAUAAGCAUGCUCGGUGACUUGCUUGUGAGAUAAUUCCACGCGCGUGUUGUGUGCACACUCGCGUGUUCUUCAAUCUCCCCAACCC